GAUGAAUUGACUGUUCAAGCUCCGAAGAAGUCAAUAGGUUACAAUUAAUGCAAGUCCUGUUGCAUUUUAAACGUGAAAUUAUAUCAGUCAAUCAUUGACAGUAGAACCGACCUCCGUGGGCAUCCCAAUGGUGUCUAUGGCUUUCCUUUUGGUGGUGGUUAUCAUGUUCCGGCAGAUGAUACAUGGAUCUCAAGAACCGGCGUGCCAUUUUAACGACUUAGCCGCCCUCAAAGGUUUCUCCAAGAGUUUAGAAUCGGAUAUUGGCGGGUGGAACUGGAACAGCUCCAACUGCUGCUCCUUUACAGGCAUCACCUGUGACCCUUCCUCUGCAUCAAAUGAAAGAGUAGUCCGGUUGGAGCUUGGGAACACAAGACUUACAGGGACAUUAUCUGACGCUUUGGUCAGAUUGGGGCAACUCAGAAUCCUGAACCUCUCUCAUAAUUCUCUCCACGGUACUAUUCCUACGAACCUGUAUCAUUUUUGGAACCUGGAAAUCCUUGACUUGAGAAACAAUUAUUUCGUCGGUUCAUUUCCUUCUGUAAUUCGUUUACCAUCACUCAAGUAUCUCGAUCUCUCCAAGAAUUCUUUCUCGAGUUUCCCUGGUAAACAAUUCUGUCAAACUUCAUCUCGUAUUCGCUAUCUUAAUCUUGCAAAUAACUUGUUCAGAGAAGCUUCCUUACGUUUGGAUAACUGUACUUCAUUGUGUUUUGUUUUCCUUAAUGGAAAUGGUCUGUCUGGAUCUUUCCUGGAGAGCUUGUUCCUGCUGCAACAUCUCAGAGUACUUCACCUUCAACAAAAUAUGUUUUCAGGGCCUCUGAGUUACGGAAUCAGUAGCCUUUCUAACCUUGUUGAACUCGACAUCUCCUCAAAUGGCUUCGAUGGAAGUCUUCCGGAUGUUUUCGGGAGACUGAGAAAGCUAGAAUCGUUCUCUGCCAGCUCAAAUAGAUUAACUGGAUUAUUGCCUGUUUCUUUAGUGAAUUCUGCUUCACUUUCCAGGAUUGAUCUGCACAACAACAGCCUAUCUGGUCCAAUCCGAUUAAAUUGUUCAGCAAUGACCCGAGUCAACUGGCUCAGUUUUUCAUUUAACAAGUUUCAGGGGCCAGUUCCUGCUAGUCUUUCCUCAUGCCGGAACUUAAGAAAUCUGGAUCUUACACACAACAAACUUGGUGGUGUAGUUCCAUUCCAGUUUAAAAAUCUGCAGGCACUACAGUUCCUCUCUUUGGCUAAUACCAGCAUCAAUAAUAUAUCCACAGCACUUGAGAUACUACAACACUGCAAAAGAUUGAAAAUAUUGGCCCUUGGUUUGAACUUUUACCAGGAGGAAAUGCCUAGCAACGUGAAUCUGCAAUUCCCAAGGCUCAAGGCACUUAUUAUUCCAUUUUGUUACCUAAGAGGUUCUCUUCCAAUUUGGUUGAGUAAUUGCAAAAUGUUGCAAAUGCUGGAUCUGUCAUUGAAUUCAUUGGGAGGUUCCAUUCCUUGUUGGGUAGGCAAGUUCAAAUAUCUCUUUUACUUGGACUUGUCUAACAAUUCCUUUUCCGGGGAGAUACCGGAAAGUUUAACAGGGCUAGAAAACCUUGUCCACACUACAGCUCUACUCAAAGAAUCAUCUGAACACUUCUCACUGGUAAAAAGCACCGAGCAAGGUAAGCGUCGCUUGAGAUAUAAGGAUAUGUGGAGCUUCCAGCCGACGAUCGACUUAAGUUGGAAUAAGUUAAGUGGACCAAUAUGGCCAAGCUUCGGAAACUUGAAAAAUCUUCAUGUUCUGAUAUUGAAAGAGAACAACCUUUCAGGAACCAUUCCAGGUAGUCUGUCAGGGAUGACAAACUUGGAAGUAUUGGAUUUGUCUCAUAACAGUCUCUCUGGUGAAAUACCUGCUUCACUGGUCCAUCUCAGCUUCUUGUCAAUGUUGAGUGUAUCAUACAAUAGGCUUCAUGGGGAUAUACCUUCUGGAGGUCAGUUUUUGACAUUUCCUGAAUCAAGUUUUGAAGGGAACCACGCUCUAUGCUCUACCAUACUCAGACCUUGUCUGCCAAAACAGAUUCCUCCACUUGUUGUGUCCCCAGCUGAAAAUAUGAAGAUUGUGGGUUGGAAUUUUGGCAUUGGAGCUGCAUUUGGCUUCAUUCUCAUCGUCUUCUUUUGCUUCAAAUCAGGCUGGGUGCAUCCCAGACGAUGACAACCAUAUUUCAAGACGA